AGCGCACAAAGAGCACAACAACUUCAAGUUCCUUCUACCAGGGGUAAACUCAGUCACUGGGCAUUGCUGGGCACUAACUAACCUUUGAGUCCCUAACUGGAGUAUACUGGAAGAGUGACUUCAAGCUGAAACCAGAGGACAGCCUAAGAUCUGCUAAUUGAGCAAGGUACCUUGACUUGCUCUGUUGCAAUGACAUUUAGCAGGAGCUGCCAACUCCUCUGCCUCCUGCUUUGCUGUUCUUCUACCUGGGGCUUGCUUUCUCUUGGAAAUGAGACCCCCCUGCAUCCUUCUGAGUCCAUUUCUGAGGGGAAGGUCACCUCUAUCAAGCUGGAUAAGAACACCCCUAUAAGGAGGCACUUUACAAUACCAGACUUCAGCUCACCAUAUUCAGUAACAGUGACCCCUUGUGAUGUGCCAAUUCAGUGGAAGCUCUCAGUUAGGAAACUUACUCCCUGGAUUCUUCCCAGAAGAUUUAAACCCAGCAUUUUCCAAGAAAACUGGAAGAAUCCUGAUGUUACAGAAGAGCUUUUCUCCUACCAAGGAAAUGCAGUAGAAUCAUUUGAAAGUUUUUCGUCCAGCAAGGACGUCUACACAUUUGAGCUUCUUUCCAUUGAGAGGGAUACUGAAGUCACGGUACUCUUGUUGACUGGUGACACGUUGAAAGUGUUCCCUGAAGUGCCCUCUGACCCUCGCGUGGAGGUUAUUGGAGUGGGGAUGAACAGCGUCACUCUCUCUUGGAAGCCUAGCCCUACACUUCUUCAUUCAUAUCAGCAGAGUAUUCAUUACUGCCUUCUGGUAAAUAGGUGGCACAACUUCAAGAGUCUAUGUGCAGCAGAAGUAGCUAUGAAGAAGAGGAAAAAGAAGGGUUCACCCAAAAAAACUGUGUGGUGGCCUGGCUCCAUUGCUACUCAUGGACUACAGCACCCAGCACUGAUGUCAGCAGCUCCUAUACAUGAUAACUCCACUUCAGUCUGGCAACUUUGCACUGGCACAGAGAAUGUCUACACUGUUUCAGAUCUUACUCCUGAUACACAAUACUACUUUGACAUUUUUGUGGUAAACAGACUUUACAACACAAGUGUGGCCUACACGGGAACUUUUUCUCGAACCCUCCAAGAACCACAGCCAGUAGUGAUGCAACUGAGAGACUCGGAGAUACGACAGGUGAACCUGCAAGGUAGAAAGGCACAACGGCAGUAUUCCUUCAGGCCACGAAACUGUCAGCAAAGGGUUCUGUUUACCUUUCAGACUUGCUCUGAGGGCCAGGUGUUUGUUAAAAUAAGUAACAAGGGUCAGACAUUAGCAUCUCAGGUUAUUAAUGGAUUUGGGCAAAUCUUGCUGCAAGGAAAGUCAUCAUAUCUUCUUCAGCUGGACCCCAUAGAAACUCUCGUGAUGUCUUUGAAAAUGCAGGCGACCACAAAAUACCACAAACGUGAUUUUCCACAGUUGCCCAAAAGCUUGAAGAUCAAGGCAUUUUCUAAACUGAGAACAUGUAAUUCAGUCACUCUGGCCUGGCUAGCGACGCACGAAAGGAGCAAAUAUUGUGUCUACAAGAAAAAGCUUCCAGAAAAUCAGCAGCUGCGUGCCAAACUGAGGGACAAUGACAGGUGCAUUGGUCCAGACUCCAGGAAGAAGUCUGAGAAGGUUCUCUGUAAGUACUUCCAAGAGCUCAACCCCCUGAGAGCAGUUACCACGGCGACCAUUGGCGAACUACAACCAGGCACCAGUUACCUCUUUGAUGUUUACCUAAUUGGACACUGGGGGAUCCCACUCAAAUACGACAGUAAAGUAGUAAAAUCAAAGAAAGAAUGCUGACUUUCUUGAGCUAAUGAAGAUUCGUCGUUGACUGAAUCCAUCUGUACAUAGUGCUAGAUAGUUACACAU